UUUAACUUUCAUUCAUCUCUCUCUCUCUUUCUCACCUGUUUGUUGCUCACCCCUACUACUUAACCUAUCCUAACCUAACUUGUUGUCAUUUUUUUAUGUCGCCGAACCGCGUGCGUUAAGUGCAACAGGUAUUGCGGUGUUAGUUGUGGAUUUUUAAGAGCGCGCACGUGAUGAAGAUGAUGAGUGUCAGUCACUGGCUCGUGAUGCUCGCGCUGCUUGAGUGCGGCGCGCGCGCCGACGCUCGGAGGUUUCGGGGAGGUCGGAACCCGCAGCCGCGACGCCCGCAGCCGUCCACCCCUCACCGGGAGCGAGCGGACACCACAGAGAGCUUCUCACUGGACUUCACGGCCGUGGAGGAGAACAUGGACAGUUUCAUGAGUCAGGUGAAGAACCUCGCGCAGUCUCUAUACCCGUGCUCGGCACAAAAGCUCGAGCACGACAUGAAGCUUCAUCACCUGGACAACACAUCUGUCACGUGCAACGACGGGAGCGCGGCGGGGUAUUACCUAAAGGAGUCGAAAGGAAGCAGAAGAUGGUUGAUAUUUCUGGAAGGUGGCUGGUACUGUUUUAACAAAGAGAACUGUGACAGUCGAUAUGAGACCAUGAGGAGACUUAUGAGCUCUUCCAAAUGGCCACAAACCAAGACUGGUACAGGAAUUCUGUCUUCACUUCCGGAGGAAAAUCCACACUGGUGGAACGCCAACAUGGUGUUUAUCCCGUAUUGCUCGAGUGAUGUCUGGAGUGGAGCCUCACCAAAAACAGAUCAAAAUGGCUAUGCGUUCAUGGGCUCACUCAUCAUAAAGGAAGUCAUCAAAGAGCUGCUGAGCAAAGGUCUGGACGGUGCCAAGAUACUCCUGUUAGCCGGAAGCAGUGCGGGCGGCACCGGAGUUUUGCUGAAUGUGGACCCAGUUUCGGAGCUUCUGGAAGAGUUGGGUCACACGAGUAUCCAGGUGAGGGGUCUGUCGGACUCCGGUUGGUUCUUGGACAACAAACAGUAUCGCUGUACAGACUGUGUGGAUGCCAUCAGCUGUGCUCCUACAGAGGUCAUCAAGAGAGGAAUCAAAUACUGGGGUGGUGUCGUACCCGAGCGCUGCCGACAGGCUUAUGAAGGAAAAGAAUGGAAUUGCUUUUUUGGAUACAAAGUUUACCCGACCAUUAAACGUCCUGUGUUUAUAGUCCAGUGGUUGUUUGAUGAAGCUCAGCUAACAGUGGACAACAUUCAUCUGACCGGUCAGCCCGUCCAGGAAGGACAGUGGCGUUAUAUUCAGAAUUUAGGAAUUGAGUUGAGGAGCACUUUGAAGGAUGUGCCUGCCAUGUUUGCCCCGGCCUGCCUUUCACAUGAAUUCAUAACAAGAAGUUACUGGACAGACGUUCAGGUUAAAGGCACAUCUUUACCCCGAGCUCUUCACUGCUGGGAUCGCAGCCUACACGACAGCAGCAGAAACAAAUCUCCACCCAAAGGCUGUCCUGUGUACUUGAUCGACAGCUGCCCGUGGCCUCAUUGCAAUCCCACGUGCCCGACCAUCCGAGAUCAGUCCACGGGCCAGGAGAUGAACGUCAUUCAGUUCCUCAUGCACAUGGGCUUUGACGUACAGAAGAUGGCCCAUCAACAGGGCAUGGACCCGAGUAAGCUACUGGGCAUGCUCAACAGCGGCAGCUAAAUUCCAUUGAGAAACUUCCCAUCGUUGUUUCCCAUCAGUCCGUUUGAUAUCUCCUUGAGCCCCUUUACCAGCCUAAAACUGAGCUGGCCGUCCCUCAACCAGAGCUCUGUGUCAACGGGACUACCUUGAUUAGACUCCAUUUUGCUCCGCCCCAUGUAGCCGAUGUAGAUCCCAAUACAGAGAUUUGGAACGGGGACCCUGAGUUAAAUGAAUGGGCUGCUGACUGUUGAACACAACAGAAGGACAAUAUAACCAAGACACCUGCAUCAUUGCUCUUAAUUUAUCUUUUGAUUAUAAAAGUUUCAUCAGGAAUGUAAUCCAGUUUUAAGGAUCUUCUGCAUUGUUGUGCUUAUUAAUUCAUAUAUAUAUAUAGUUUGACACGUCCAUUUGAAGGAACAGAUGAAGUAUACAGUAUGUCAAUGAUAGGGAUUAAGAACAGGAAUUAGGGACAGGCAGACACAUUUGUGUUGAAAGCACUGGAUCAGUUUCUCUAAACUCUUCAUGAGUUUUAAAGAUAAUCGUUUUAUUUAAAAGAAACAGUACAAGCAGAAAUCGAAAUGACCCGGCUUUGACUAUAGCCCUAUAGUAAUUGUUUCUCGUGGGGACGUGAGGUAUUUUUAUCAUUCAUAGGGGGUUGUCAGUGAUUUAAUUGCUGUACGAAUCCGUAAUGACCACCCGUGUAAAAAUCACCGGCCGAAUUGCCUACUGUUUUUUGACAAACACAAAGGUCGUGUGGUAAUUUAAUUGCCGUCUGAAUCCACAUCUCUGAGUUUAUAAAAGAGGAAGUCCUUCUGCACUUCCUUUUAGACUGCUGAAAAGCACCGUAUGCUCACGCCCUUCUCAUUUAUUCUGCAUCUUUGUGAACAUUUUAAACAUCUUCAUGACUGAAAUGAUGAGAAGUAUAUGGGAACAAAGUUGGCAUGCAAAUAUUUUUUAACAGACAUCCUCAUAAGAAACAAUUAGGGCUUAUGUUGAAACAAAUAAGAAAAAUAUAUACAAAUGCAUAUGUAUGUGUAUUUAUUUAUCACAAAAGAAAAUCAUACAGGUUUAAAUUGUUGAUUUGGGGAUGAAUUAUUCCUUUAAGCUUCUGUUUAUUCUGAAUUUAAAAAUGAGCAAACAGAUCCUGAGAUCAAUACAGAUCCAGACGUACAUUGAUCUGAAGAUGACCUGGCCUGUGUUACUCAGCUCAGUCUCUCAAUACACCACAGAUUAUUUAAAAGACAAAAAAUAAUUUGACUCGUGUUUCUUUUGUGGUUAAAUACAGUGAAAUCUCUUUUCUGUUAUAAAGUGUAACAUUAGUAUCUGUCUGUACUGAGAGAUGAUGCUCUUCUGUUUAUAUUACAGAUCUAUAAUAAGCUGAGGUUUUUUUAUUUUUAAUCUAGUAGUCUAAUGAGAAAUGAAAUAGAAAUGUGAAGGUUUUACUCUGUAACAUAUUUUUAACAGGAAACUCAAUCUGCAUAUUUAUUUUGUUAUGUAAAUCAUAUUUAUAGUGAUUCUUUGUCAAUUGUAAAUAAUUCAGUUUUGUGUGAUAACUGCAUGUAUGUGUCCCUGAGAGAAAACAUUACA